GCGAAAAGCCACAGAACGCGUUAAGCGUAAGCUAUCCGGCAUGAUGCACCAGACUCAGAAUCAGAAACAGUCCAAAAUGUUAACAGCCAAUCAGCUAUUGGGCGUGGCAGCGGCGCCCGCGCCCCUGAUGACGCCCACCGGCAGCUACAAUGGCAACAGUACCAGUCCCAACGGCUCCUUCGUGCCGGAGAUCAAGGCCGAGCAGCUGCUCUACGAGAUGGACAGCACGCGCAGCUGCCCCUCGGCGGCCAGUUCGUACAACAACUACAGCUACUUUCCCGCCUCGCCCAGCUCCAGGUGCAGCACAGCGGACAGCUAUGCUCCUGGCCAGCAGCAGCAGCAACAGCAGCACCAGGAUCAGUUGCUGCAGCUGCUCAACCAGCAGCAGGACAACUUGAAUGUCACAAUCAGUGUGAACAACAACGCCAGCAACUGGAACACGACAACGCUGUUCAACGGCGGCAGCAUAACGCCCACCAAUCUGAACAAUGGCUACAACAGCAACAGCAACAGCAACAGCAAUAACAACAACAAUAAUGUCUAUAGUGCCAUAAGUCCAGCAGCAUAUCAAACCAAUUUCAUGACUGCGCCACAGGCAGUCAAGGCUCCUCAGCUGCUGGUGCAACCGCCUCCUCCUACUCCUGCACAGCCCCAGCAGCAACCGGACGAGAAUCCCUCCCUAAGCGAUUUAAUCAUGAGCAGCACGCUAAUGGACUACACGGCGAUAGAGCAAAUGGAUCCAAACGACAUCAUGAUGGAUCUGCAGGCGACGCUCUGCAAUCUGGAGAUGGCCAGUCAGGCCAGCAAACAGACUCCAAACGACAAUACAUAUAACGUCUAGAUGUAUGUAACUAUACAGAUAUACAUAUAUAUAUAUAUAUAUAUGUGUGUGUAUAUGUAUAUGUCGCGAGUUGUAUAUAGAUAUUUGGCUAAUUCUAUAGAUAGUUGUUGUUUUUAUGCGAAUCUCAUUUUAUAUUCGAAUUGUUGUUUUAACAUGCUAAUAGUAAUAAUGAUACAAAUGAAAGACCAUAAAUUUAAGAUAGUACAAUAAAUUCCACAUGUGUACACUCA